CCUCACUCACAGCUUCCGUUACUCCCCCUUCAAUCCACUUUCCUGUAUACAAGAUGGCGGAUCCCUCGCAGGUGAGCACCCAGGGCUGACGAUGGCAUUCUGUGACUCGGACCAGCAGAGCUGGGCCAUGUUGGGUCCAAGGGGUUUGACUCUGCCCGCCGCAGAGAGUUGUCAUCGUCUCCGCCACCACCGAAGAGUCACAACUGAUACGUUUUUGCAGCCUGUUGCCGAUGACUCGACGGCCACGGCCAUUCUCCGUCAGAAGAAGUCGCCUAACCGGCUCAUGGUCGACGAGACGACUUCCGAUGACAACAGCGUGGCAGUGCUCCACCCCAACACCAUGGAGACCCUCGGACUGUUCCGGGGUGACACUGUCAUUAUUCGUGGAAAGCGCAGGAAGGACACCGUUCUCAUUUGCUUGAGCCAGGACGACGUCGAGGAGGGCAAGAUCUGCAUGAACAAGGUGGCUCGCGGUAACUGUGCCGCUAAGCUUGGCGACCUAGUUCACGUCUCGGCCGCGAACGACAUCAAGUAUGGCAAGCGGAUUCAUAUUCUUCCCUUCUCUGACUCCGUCGAGGGACUCUCUGGCAAUCUCUUCGACGUGUAUCUCAAGCCCUACUUUCUCGAAGCGUACCGUCCGGUGCGCAAAGGUGACGUUUUCCAAGUUCGCGGCGGCAUGCGCACUGUCGACUUCAAGGUGAUCGAGGUUGACCCCUCGCCUUACUGCAUUGUUGCAUCUGACACGGUCAUUCACACAGAGGGUGACCCUCUCGAUCGUGAGGCCGAGGAGGCUGACCUCAACGCUGUCGGCUACGAUGAUCUCGGCGGCUGCCGUAAGCAGCUUGCCCAGGUUCGUGAGCUUGUUGAGCUUCCUCUUCGCCACCCUCAGCUCUUUAAGGCCAUCGGCAUCAAGCCUCCGCGCGGUAUUCUUAUGUUCGGCCCUCCUGGUACAGGCAAAACUCUAAUGGCUCGCGCUGUCGCCAACGAGACGGGGGCUUUCUUCUUCCUCAUCAAUGGUCCUGAGAUCAUGUCGAAAAUGGCUGGCGAGUCCGAGUCCAAUUUGCGCAAGGCGUUUGAGGAAGCCGAGAAGAACAGUCCCGCGAUCAUUUUCAUCGACGAGAUUGACUCCAUCGCGCCUAAGCGUGAGAAGACGAAUGGCGAGGUUGAGCGUCGUGUUGUUUCGCAACUCCUUACUCUCAUGGAUGGCCUCAAGGCUCGUUCCAACGUCGUGGUGAUGGCUGCAACCAACCGUCCGAACUCUAUCGACCCAGCCCUUCGCCGUUUCGGUCGUUUCGACCGUGAGGUUGAUAUUGGAAUCCCCGACCCAACUGGUCGUCUCGAGAUUCUGCGGAUCCACACCAAGAACAUGAAGCUUUCGGAUGAUGUCGACCUUGAGCAGAUCGCCGCAGACACCCACGGCUACGUCGGCGCCGACAUGGCCGCUCUGUGCUCGGAAGCUGCCAUGCAGCAGAUUCGCGAGAAGAUGGACAUGAUCGACCUUGACGAGGACACCAUCGAUGCCGAGGUUCUUGACUCACUUGGUGUAACCAUGGAGAACUUCCGCUACGCUCUGGGCGUCAACAACCCCUCGGCCCUCCGCGAGACUGUUGUUGAGAUCCCCACCACCACUUGGAACGACAUUGGUGGUCUUGAGAAGGUCAAGCGAGAGCUUCAAGAGACUGUCUCAUACCCUGUCGAGCAUCCCGAGAAGUUCCUCAAAUACGGUCUUUCGCCCUCCAAGGGUGUUCUCUUUUAUGGUCCACCCGGUACGGGUAAGACCAUGCUCGCCAAGGCCAUUGCGAACGAGUGCCAAGCGAACUUCAUUUCCAUCAAGGGCCCCGAGCUUCUGACUAUGUGGUUCGGCGAGUCGGAGGCUAACGUUCGCGACGUUUUCGACAAGGCCCGUGCUGCUGCUCCCUGUGUGAUGUUCUUUGACGAGCUUGACUCGAUCGCCAAGGCCCGCGGGGGGUCCUCGGGUGAUGCUGGGGGCGCUGGCGACCGUGUUCUCAACCAGAUUCUCACCGAGAUGGACGGCAUGAACGCCAAGAAGAACGUCUUCAUCAUCGGGGCAACCAAUCGCCCCGACCAAAUCGACUCGGCACUCCUUCGUCCCGGUCGUCUUGACCAGCUUAUUUACAUUCCUCUUCCCGAUGAGGCGUCGCGACUCUCCAUCCUCCAGGCCACUCUGCGUAAAUCUCCCAUCGACCCACGCGUCGACCUCAACUACCUGGCCAAGCAGACUGCUGGCUUCUCAGGUGCUGACCUCACUGAGAUCUGUCAGCGUGCUGCCAAGCUGGCUAUUCGGCAGUCCAUUGAGGCCGACAUUCGGAAGGAGCUGGACCGCAAGGAGAAGACAGAGGCUGCUGGAGGCGACGUCGAUAUCAUGGACGAGGAGAACGAUGAGGACGAGGUUCCCUCAAUUACGGUUGACCACUUUGAGGAGGCCAUGAAGUUCGCUCGUCGCUCCGUUUCUGAUGCCGACAUUCGUCGUUACGAGAUGUUUAGUAGCACUCUCCAACAGUCUCGUGGCUUUGGCAACAACUUUAAGUUCCCCGAGAGCGGAGAGACGGAGCAGGGCGGUGCCGCGUUCCAGAACGAGGCUGACGACGACGACCUGUACGCCUAGAUCUCUGUUCGUUGAUCCUC